AAUAAAUAAAGCGAAAGAUAAUUUAUUUACAAAAAAAUAAUAAAUGCAUGAAAAUGGGAAUAUUAUUAAGCUGUCCACAAAUAUCACUAUUACGACGGCGAUAAAAAGCAAUUUUCCAGUUUAAUGUUAAAAAUAAAAAUAAAUAAAAAAGCAAAAAAUCCUAAUUCAACCAAAACGUCAUCGUUUCAAGUUGUCUUCAACCUCACCCACAGUUCUUCGGUCUCAUCCUUUUAUAAAAUCCCUAUUUCCUCUGACGAUUUUUCGCCUCUCUCUCUCUCUCUCUCUCUCUCUCUCUCUCUCUCUCUCCUCUUCCGGAGAUUUUUACUCAGGCGUUCUUCUGUGGAUCAAAGGUGAAGAAGAUGAAUCAUUGCAACCUUCAGCAGAACGCCUUCAUGACUCGUGAGGAGAUGGUGGGAUUUGAUCGCAAGGAUCUUGUUGUUUGUCCUAAGCCUCGACGUGUUGGUUUACUCGCCAACAACGUGAUUCGGCCUCUCAGAUUACAUAUGAGUCAAGCUGCUGCUGAUUUGUGUGAUUCUAAAGCUGGUGCAGAGCUUUUGGAAAUCAUUCGUAGAAAGGAGGAUAAUGGAACAAUAGGGCAGUUACUAUCAUCAUCGCCACCAUAUUUUCCUGGUUCACCACCCAGCAGAGCGGCGAACCCAUUAGCCCAAGAUGCUCGUUUUCGAGAUGAGAAACUCAAUCCAGUCUCACCAAACUCUCCUUUCCUUCAGCCCAAUUCGGCAACCGGUUUUCCGUCUCCAUCUUCUUCAUCAUCAUCGUCGUCCCGUGGCUGUGUUAGAAUGAAAUUUGGACUCAACUCGCCUGCAGUUAGAGUAGAAGGAUUUGAUUGCUUGAACCGUGACCGCCAAAACUCAAGCAUCCCUGCCAUGGCUUAGUAGACAAACAAAAGAACAAGUGUAUAUAGAGAUUCCGGAAUCGUUCACCAAUGCCUAACAGAGGAGGAUUUGAUUACUACUGCUGCUGCUAUUACUACUACCAUUUUUGAAGUAAAUGAAUAUGUUUUUGUUUUUCAUCUUUUCCUAAGAGAUCGAGAGGGAAGAGGAAGGAGGAAGGAGGAAGAUGAAGAUCAGUUACCGUCGCCGGUCACCGUUUUUUAACUGUUUUAUUCAGGUUAGUGUUUGUAUAUAAAGAUGCAGUAUUUAAAAGAAGAGUCGAAUCUAUGUAUUCGUUUGGUGUUUUUCUGGGUCGGGCGGAUCUUUAUUACUGUUAUAUAUAACUAAGGGAGAAGAUUAGAAGAAGCUGUAAAAUUUUCUCGGGGAAAAAAAACUCUGGUUUCUAUCUUCUCGUUGUAAUAUAGAUAAUCAAUUUGGAUUUAUCUUCUAUCAGAGAGUAUCAUCACCAUUGUAUAUAGUAAUGUUUAAUUUUCUUCUUCUUGGUGACUUAGUUCUCUCUCACCUUUGUAUAUGUAUUCUGGCGAUCUGAUACAUCUAAUUGAAACCUGCAAGUUUUUUUUA